CAAGAGCAUGGCAGUAUACCUGCUGGACCUGCUGCUGAUAGAGAUCUCGUACGUCCACUUCUUCCCGUCGGUGCUAGCGGCCAGCUGCCUAUACGUGGCCCGAGAAGUGCUGGGGGUCAGCGGUGAGGAGGUGUGGGACAGGAACUUCAUGCACUACACCAAGUACUCUGUGAAGGACAUGGAGGCAUGCAUCUCUAUGGUGCAGCGCGCACUGAACAAGCAGUCCCGCUCCAGGUUCCAGGGUGCCAAGAACAAGUAUGCCCACCAUGUUUACCAUGGGAUCAGUAAGCACAGGUCUGUACUGCGGUGUGUUGAUCUGUGGCCAGAAGAGAGUGAUGAAGUCUUUGGGAAGACAGAGUCCCCAGAACCCUUGGAAACCAUUGUUUGUGUCAACAGACGUAUAUAUCCGAUGACGGAAGCGAUUGCAGCAUCAGUAUGGCUGUACAUUUCAGUGAUCAAGCGAACGGCGUCAAGGAAGGUUCGCUUACACAUGUUGGGACCGGAAAUUGCGGAUGGGUGCGCUGUGAGAUCAUCAAAUGGAGGUUCAAUUGGCAUCACGGAUCUUCCUAGCGAGGCGCUUGUGUCCAUUUUCAAGCAUCUGCAGCCAGUGGACGACCUUAUGCCGAAAUUGGCGCUUGUUUGUCGAAAAUGGCACGAUUUGCUGUAUUAUAGCGGAGGUUUAUGGAAAACGAUCAAUAUUGACCCGACGUUCUACAGUCAUCUGCAUUUCAGGCUUGUCGUCUGCAUAUUUCGUUUGUACGGUCGCCAUGUGCAUACAGUCACAUGGCGGGAAAAUACAACGGUGUACGAGUCGAUUUUCGCGUGUCUGCCAGCCUUGAAAAACCUUAAAGUUCUGAGGGUGCCAGUGUUAUGGACAAGGCGCGUCAUUGAUGACAUGUGCCUGAUGACCGGGUUAGAAAAAGUGCAGAUAAACGGCGGAUUCACAAUGACUGACGAACACUUUCUUGAAAUAGCGAACUGCUUAUCAAACCUGAAAACAGUGACACUAAAUGCGUGUUCGAAGCUAACGUUCGAAGGGAUCACAAGGGUCGUACCAAGACUGAAAUCGCUGGAAGAUUUGCACAUAAAAAUCAACUCGAAUUUGCCGUUAACUGACGGACGAAGCGAAACAGCGAUCCGGAAUGGACAUUCUAUUAUCAAAGGACUGGUGGCACCAAUUAUUAACAGUCUUGUUACGGUAUUGUGCGUUCAUUUUGUUGCUAUGGAAACAGAAGAGUUGUGGGACGUAGUUAACAGCCUGUCCAAUCUUCGGAAACUGAGCAUAAGUAACUGCGAGCAUUUGGCUGGAAUACGACUGUCGUCUGCUAGUUUGCAGAAAUUCUGCGUGUUCAACAUAUGGAGCACGACUUUCGUCAGUGUGCACGCGCCAAAACUACGUCACGUGACAAUUGACUCCGGGAUGGAAUCCAUCGAGCACGUGGAGCUUUUUGCGCUGUCUCUAAAGCGCGCAUUAAUAAACGGAUCCAACUCCUUGAGGACGUUAAAAAUCAAAAGCGAAAAACUUACUUUUCUCGAGGUGUCUAAUUGUGAGCUCAUCGAAAUGAAGUGCUUAAAGGAGACGCUACGAAACAACUCUAAAUUGCUCUGUCUGCGUCUGGGGUGCGUCUCUCAGGACAGUUUAACGUUGGACGAGACGGUGAUACCAAGCGUCCAAGAACUGUGCCUCCUUGGAGAUUUCUCUUGUGAGGCCCUACACAUACGCAGUCCUUCCAUUCGACUCAUUCACACUCAGGCCGAAAACGACAUCAUCACACUCAACCAUAUGUACCUAACAGCGAACCAUCUCUGCAAAGUAGCUCUGGUCGGCCUUCCCGCUCUCCGUACAGUCACGGUCCAGUGCGUCAGCGUCGACUGCAUUGAGCUCAACCUUUGCAGCGACGAUCAGCUUCAUUUGGAAUCGUUCGUUGUCCACGCUCUGAACGCGAUUGGCUUUCUACGCCUGUUCGACUGCAAAGUGAACCUGCUGUCCCUCUGUACGCAGUUGGCGAAGACGGUGGUGCUAUACCGGUGUCAGAUGUCGGACUACGUCCUGCAGAUGGCGCUCGGCGGGUGCCCGAACAUCGCGCACCUGAACCUGGAGAAAUGCCGAGAACUGAGUAACGUGAACAUAUUCGCGCAGCCGCUUAAGUUCCUGAAUUUAUUCGGAUGCGCCAGUAUAAGCAAGCUGAACCUCGACUGUCCCCAGCUGGUGGCGGUGAAUCUCGGCCAGUGUUCCAAUGUCCGCCUGUUUAUCAAGGGUAUAGAGCAAGGGUUGAAGAAACUGCUGCUUCCGUUCCGACUUGUUGAACCGACCGAGAAUGUCCGAUGGACUCACGAUCUUCCACCGGAAGAAUACGAGCAAUGACGUCGGUUUGG